AUGAUAUCUCUGCGAUUUCCUUGUCGGGAAUAAAGUAAAUCUCCAAUUUACGUCUGUUACGGGUCAACCGGUGCUUUUUAUUUAGGAUAUUGUUAUUACAGUUAUUUACAUUGCCGCUGUCUGUGAGUGAGUCAGCGUCAACCUUGUAAAUCUUCCAUAACGACACUAGAAAUUGAUCCAUCGGACGUACCAUUACAUUUUGGUGGUCUAAAUUGCUAAUUUACUUGUAAAUAUGACUGAAGCAUCACCGGACGAACCCAGUCCUAAUCGCAAGGACUUUAUUUGCGGGGUUGUUGAAGGCUUUUACGGACGACCGUGGACUACGGAACAAAGGAAAGACUUGUUUCAAAAACUCAAAAAAUGGGGUAUGGACAUGUACGUCUACGCUCCAAAGGACGAUUACAAGCACCGGGCGUACUGGAGAGAGUUGUACACUGUGGAGGAGGCUGAACAUCUGACGUCACUCAUAUCCGCUGCGAAGGCUCAGGGCAUCAUAUUCUGUUACGCACUGUCUCCGGGACUGGAUAUAACAUAUAGUAGUCAGAAGGAAAUUACUACUUUGAAAAGGAAAUUGGAACAGGUCUCCCAAUUUGGCUGCACAUGCUUUGCUCUCCUCUUCGAUGACAUUGAGCCGGAGAUGAGUGAGGCAGAUAAACAGAUCUUCCAGAGCUUUGCACAUGCUCAAGUGUCAGUAACGAAUGAGAUCCACCAGCACCUCGGCUGCCCCCGCUUCCUGCUGUGCCCGACGCAGUACUGCUCGACGCGCGCCGUCCCCACUGUCAACAGCUCCGAGUAUCUGAAUACGCUCGGCACUAAACUCUCACAGCAGAUCGAUAUUAUGUGGACUGGUCCCAAGGUGAUAUCGAAAGUCCUAACGACGGAAGCCAUAGAGGAGAUCACUCAAGUCUUACGACGCCCACCUGUCAUCUGGGACAAUCUACACGCCAACGAUUAUGACCAGAAACGAAUCUUUUUGGGUCCAUAUUGCGGUCGUUCCCCCGAAUUGAUCCCACUACUCCGCGGUGUGCUGACGAACCCGAACUGCGAGUACAACGCCAACAUGAUCCCGAUCUGGACGCUCGCUCAUUGGGCCAGCUGCAGCCUGGAUGCGCCUGCGCAUAUGGAAGCGGUUUCCUGGGACAUAAAGUUAGAGCGAGAGAGCGAGCAAGGUGUCUGUGAAGACGAAGCACCUCUCACUCUAGGCAAGCACGUGUAUCAUCAUCGACAAGCGCUGAGACAAGCUAUCAACGAAUGGCUGCCUGAGUUUUCUAUUCCGAAGUCUGCUCAAGGUCCCGUGAUUAAGCCCCAGCCAACCAUCACAGUUCCACCUGUGCCAAUCAUCCCGAUCCUGCCGUCAGUGAACACGUGCAUGUCCCUAGUGACGGCAACUAGCAACACGUCGACGACGAGCACGGCCGACAUGGCGCCCGCCAUACCCACCGUCAAUACUUCGCAGCUACAGGCACUCGCUGAUGGAUGUUCCGCAUCUAAUGAUAAUCGACCUAUACUGUCCACUAGGGUAUCACCAAUCGAAACCUUCAACCCUGUACCGAACCCAGUAAUGAACUCUCUAGUAUCCCCAACCAAAGUCAUCCUAAACGAGUCCAUCCCCAAUCCAAUAAUCCCCAUUGCAAGUUCCAACAUAUCAUUACCAUCCGAAAUCCCAGUUUCAACUCUCCCCGUCCCAAUUUUAGGUCUGAAAGCCUUGGAAGGGAAUGAAAAUAAAAAUAAUCACGAAAUGGAUAAAUCUGAUAAUGGUAAUGAUACUCUCUUAACGGAUAGUAUACUGGAGGGUAGUUUUGAAAUGAAGAAGGAAAAAGAGGGAGAGGAUGGUGAUCAGAUCAUUGUUGAUGACGUUGAUCCUGCUGCGGAACAGAGGAAUGGAGAAAUGAGUGUCGGUGAUACACCUCAAACGUUAAGUCCGAGUCGUCCUUCGAACACGGAGAUCGGUGUGGAACCGCUCGACGUGGACCCUCCGUCUACUGCCGCCACCGACCCUGACGUCAUCAUGAACGAUGGAAUGAGUGAGAAUGGGUCGAUGCAAGUGGAACCGAGCCACAGUCCGCUUAGUACGGACAUGAUGGUGGAACCUGCCGAGCCAGCGGAAACUGUUGACGAGCCCGUGGACAACGAAGAUCCUUCAAUAGAUCCCAACGCUUUGGUAGCGGAUGAUCUGCUGUUAUUAUGUGAUCUCUUCUAUUUGCCAUUUGAACAUGGAUCACGUGGUCUAAGACUAUUACACGACUUCAACUGGCUGACUACACACGCGGCGAGCUUACUGCCUAGAGGAAAUAAGCCAGAGACGAGUGAAUGGCGGCGACGACGAAGUAGGUUCGCGUGGUGGGUAUGCCGCACCCGGCGACUGGCGCGGCGAUUGGCGGCGGCACGCAACCAAGAGCUGCAUGCAGAACUGCAGCCCUACGUUUGGGAACUUUGCGCUGUACUUGCGCUACUCGACGGGUUCCUGCGCUGGCUUGAACUCGGCAAAUACCCUCAAAACAUAGCGAAUAAUACCCAAGGAUCAUACACAUGGUUCUCGAAAGGCUGGCGUGAGGCGUUCGAAAGCGGCUCCCAAGAGCCUUGGGUGUUCCGAGGCGGACUCACAGCGGAUUUACGAAGAUUGUUACCUGUGGAGUGUACUAGCGAUGCUUUGAGGACAUUGCCUCCUCCAACUAUCCUCCCAUUGACUAUAAGGCCGUAUUCUGCUGCUGAUGAAGAAGCGGUAUGCGCGAUAUGCCACAAGACAUGUCGCGACGGGUCUGACUGCAGCGACCUUUUCCCCAGCGACCUGCAAACGUUGCCGGCCGAUAGGCUAGUAGCACCAUUCCUGACGCUGUACCCAGAGUUGUGCAUGGUGAUAGAGGACGAUGAGGAGUGCGUGCCGCAGGAGGUAGAUCCCUCCGGAGACGAUGACGACAAACGAACCUCUGAAUCAAGACUUAACGGCGUCAAACCCGAGAUAGUGGGGUACGCGUGCGCAGUACUGAACAGCAAAGAGUUCUACAAGCGACAGGAGAUCGCCUGGAUACCCGAGAUGUGUAACAAGUACCCGGAACAACUCACCGAGAGACAGGACCUCAGUCAGGCAGCCAAGGAGUGCGUCCGCCAUUUCCACCAGUUCGGGUCGGCGUGCGUCGCGCCCGACAGUGUGUCGCGCGCGCACCCCGCGCUGCUGACGUGCUGCGUGCUGCGCGCCUGCCGCGACCCGCUGGCGCCCGCGCGCCUGCUCACCUGUGUACUGGCCGCGCUGCGGGCGCACGGGGCUAGCGGCGUUCACGCGUGUAUUAACGCGACCGACCACUACCUACACCAGUUCUACAGCAAGCUGGGCUUCGUGGAGCUGCACCGCGGUACGGCGGGCCGCCUGUACCUGGCGCGCGCCUUCUAGCGCCCGCCCCGCCGACACCGCCGACGGAGGCACCAUACCUACCUACCCUACACACACUAUCCACCAUUACAUUACCGGUAUUAAUUGCCUUUUUUACUUUAACAUUAUUUUCCUCAUAAGAAAAACAAUAAUUGUAAAACUUAUUCUCUUAAGAUCACAUGAAAAAUCAAAUGCACUAUAUU